AUGUGUUUUAUAAUAGACUCAGACAAUACCUAUAUUGCUGAUCAAAUCAAUCAAUUGCCUGGUCUUUCACAACCACUUAAUUUCAAACAAUAUUCCGGUUAUUUGAAUGCAUCGAAAGGCAGACAAUAUUUUUAUUGGUUUCUCGAAAGUCAAACAAAUCCGGAGAUAUCACCAGUUGUUUUAUGGCUAAAUGGUGGACCGGGAUGCAGUUCACUUUUAGGUCUAUUCACGGAAAACGGGCCCUUUAGAGUCGACAAAGAGGGUAACAAUUUAACUAUUGAUGAAAAUAGCUGGAACUCUGUUGCAAACAUUUUAUACUUGGAAUCACCGGCGGGAGUGGGCUUUAGUUAUGUGGACAUUGAUGUCGACCCCACUAAUAACGAUACCAUUACGGCUAUAGAUAAUUAUUUAGCGCUUCAGAGUUUUUUUGAACGCUUUUCUCAUCUCAAGAAAAAUCCGUUUUAUAUAACAGGCGAGAGUUAUGCCGGCGUUUAUAUACCAAUGUUAGCCAAACAAAUAUUUGAAAAUAAUUCAACCAUUAAUCUAAAAGGUGUGGCCAUUGGUAAUGGAUUUCUUGAUCCAUCCUUUUUAAUGACAUCGCAAUAUGAUUUUGCUUACUCUCAUGGCUUGAUGUCAACCGUCACCUAUCAAAAAAUAAUUGAAUCCUGUUGUCAACUCAUACCAGGAUCUCAAUUCACUUGUAAUUAUGAAAAACCAAAUGAAAAAGUUGAUGUACGAAAAGCUAUUCACAUAUCAAUAGACAAACAAUGGUCUGAAUGUAGUGACGCUCACUAUAAGGUGUGUACGGAUUGCAGUCAAAGAAAUAAUGUGAUGGAAGUGAUCAGUAAAUACAAAAUCAAUAACUUUGUCGUCUAUAAUGGAAAUCUUGAUUUUCAAUGCGAUUUCAUAGCUGAUCAACGUUUUGUCGACAGUUUAGGCUAUAAUUUUACUCAACAAUACCGAGAAUGGAAAGUAAAUGGUAUAACAGCCGGUUAUAUUAAACGCUAUAAUGGUUUAACAUUUAAUGCCGUCAGAGGGGCCGGACAUAUGGUUCCCAGUGAUAAACCAGAAGCAGCACUACGUAUUCUCAAGGAUCUAAUUGGCCUUGAUCAUAUAUAA